UCAUGGAUUAUACCUCUGGACUCGGUAAUCCUGAUGUGACUCCGAUUCACUUUUUGUUUCGGGAUUGGUUGUGGGAUCCUUACAGGGUCUGCAACUUGAUCAGGUUAUGAUUACAUGCUGCUGGUCGCAUGCUGCCUGCUAUUAUUCGUACUAAUAGCGACACUAAACGGAUCUUCCUUCGCUCUCUUUCUCCUCACCCUUCUCUUUUCUUCAUCUACACCUCCUCCUCCUCCCCCUCCCCCACUCCCCCCAAUCUUCUUUUCACUACUUAGUACUUUGUCUUCUUUUUUUUUAUUUCCCUCUUCUAAUCUUCUUCCUCUGAUCAACUUUUCCCCCCCUCCCUCCUUUCUCCCCCACCCCUCUCUCCCUCUUUAGUCUGGCCUGUCCUGAUCAUUCCUUCAGGUUAUCCACCCGUGCCUCU